AUGGCGGGCGACCCCUAUUCGCAGGCCGCUCGCGAUGAGGAGCGGCGCAAUACAUUCCACGAGGCGGAUGUCGUGGUAGUCGGCGCCGGCAUCUUUGGGUGCGCCGUCGCCUUCGCGCUCGCCAACCAGGGCCGGAGCGUCAUCCUGCUCGAGCGGUGGAUGCACGAGCCCGACCGGAUCGUCGGCGAGCUGCUGCAGCCCGGCGGCGUCCGCGCGCUGCAGGCACUGGGGCUGGAGAAGUGCCUAGAGGGCAUCGACGCGAUCCCCUGCUACGGCUACCACGUGUUGUUCCACGGCGACGACGUGAUGAUUCCGUACCCCGUCGUGGACGGCGCAGGCCGCCUCGUGGCCUCCGCGAACGACGGCCCCGCGGGGAGUAAAAGCAUACAGAAGAAGGGCGAGUCGUCGUCAGCUAGUGGAGGACUCGCGGACGGAGGGAUUGGCGACAUGAAGAGCAGCCGGCGGCCCGAGGGCAAGAGCUUCCACCACGGCCGCUUCAUCUCGCAGCUGCGCAAGGCGUGCCGCAGGCACCCCAACAUCUCCAUGUUCGAGACCGAGGUGACGGCGACGGUGCGCGGGCAGGAUUCGAGCGCCGUGCUGGGGGUGGAGACGCGCACGACCGACAAGGAGACGGGUGUCAAGAAGCCCGACUGCUUCUUCGGGACCCUGACUAUCAUCGCCGACGGCUACGCUUCCAAGUUCCGCAAGGAGCUGCUCGGCCGCGUCCCCGUGGUGCGCAGCAAGUUCUACGCGCUCGAGCUCAUAGACUGCCCCAUCAAGCCAGAGGGGUACGGCCACGUGGUCAUCGGCGCGUCGUCGCCGGUGCUGCUGUACCAGAUCGGCACGCACGAGACGCGCGCGCUCAUCGACGUGCCUGAGAAGCUGCCGGCGGCGUCGCCCCAGAACGGCGGCGUGCGCGGCUACAUCGAGAAAGUGGUGGUGCCGGUGCUGCCCGAGGAGGCGCGGCCGAGCGUCCUGGCGGCGCUCGCCGACGGCAAGAUCCCGCGCAGCAUGCCCAACAGCUGGCUGCCGCCAACGCGGCAGGCGCAGCACCAGGGCGUGCUGCUGCUCGGCGACGCCUACAACAUGCGCCACCCGCUCACGGGCGGCGGCAUGACGGUCGCCUUCAACGACGUGGUUCUGCUGCAGUCGCUGCUGCACCCGGACCGUGUGCCCGACCUGGGCGACCACGCGGCCGUCAGGGCCGCCAUGGCCGACUUUUACUGGCGGCGCAAGCCGCUCACCAGCAUCAUCAACGUGCUAGCCCAGGCCCUGUACAGCCUGUUCGCCGCCGCCGACGACCGCCAGCUGCGCGCCCUGCGCCAGGGCUGCUUCCGCUACUUCCAGCUCGGCCACUACAACGAGCCCGCCGGCCUACUAGGCGGCCUCAUCCACCGCCCCACCGUGCUGGCCUACCACUUCUUCACCGUCGCCUUCCUCGGCAUCUGGCUCAACAUCGUCGCCGUCUGCGGCGGCUCCGUGCUCGGCCUGUGGAAGCUCCCGCUGGCCCUGCUCGAUGCCGUCCUGAUCCUCUGGAAGGCGUGCGUCGUCUUCCUGCCGACCGUGUGGAUGGAAUCCACAUAA